AUAUAACCUAACUCGUUAUCAGUUAGAUAUUGCCCACUUUCUUACAGAUCUCUGGUGAUUUUAGUUAGAGUUCAGCAUUCGUAACAGGCAUGAAAACUCUGUGGUCAGGUCUUCUUUUUGCUGCUUGUACCAGUGUCGUACUAGGGGCAACAACUAUGGGACCUGGUAGCAUGCCCCAUAUCCCAACUGGUGCAGUCCUUGAAAAACUGGUGAAUGAGAGUUUUAAGAACGUGGACAGUGACAAAGAUGGUCUCAUUGAGCCGUAUGAGUUCGAUACACUGAUAAUUGUGGCCGACAGUGAUGACAAUGGGUGCAUGACACUUGACGAAUACAAAAAAUUCUCUGCUGGGACACCUGAAAUUGCCACCAAAAUUUACAAGCAUUUUGAUCCCGAUAACUCAGACUGCCUUACUGUUGACAAGGUGUUUGGCGAGUUUGCAGCUAUGGACGUUAACCACAACAAUAAGGUGACACCACAGGAAUUCAAACAGUACUAUAUAAACUUGCUGACACUGUUGUUUGGACAGCAACAGCAAACGGUUGGUUAGGCAGCAUGGACUUGUCGAAUUCGUAAAAGAAAUAAAAAUUAGAGAAAAGUGUU